CCGAAUAUGUCAGACAAGGUCCGUUGGAGUCUUGACCUCCGUUGGCAAAAACCGGAUCAGCCCUGCGGAUUUUAUGGUAUGAAGAACCACCUACUCUUCCGGACAUCCAAGGAUCCGGACUAUAAGAUCGACUGGACAGGCUUUGACGGAGAUGACCGCUGGUCUAAACAGAAGGAAUCAGUCAAAGACCUCCAAGACGUACUUCCGAAUGUAGAAGACGCAGAUUUUGACACCACAAUCCAGGGUCCGUGGAUGAAGAAAUGGGACCUCGUCCACCAUAACCAACACACGGCCAAACUUAACGAAAGCAAGGAGCUCUCCUGGCACGCUGCCACCAAAGCUUAA